AUUGCCCCUGGAACCAACGAUGGAGGUCGAUAUACCAUCAAAUUCUGCAAUGUCACGGUUAAAUACACACACCCCGGCUGGAACGAUACAAUCAACACCCAAAUUUGGCUCCCCUUGGAUGAUUGGAAUGGCAGAUUCCAAGCUUUAGGAUGUGGAGGCUACGCCACAGGACUUGGGUCUAUCUACCUCACUCACGCAGUUGCGCAAGGGUACUCAUCUGCCUCCACUGAUGGUGGUUUUGCAACAGGCGCAACCACCAUUCCAACAGAUUUUUCUUGGAACUACGCAUUCAAAGCAACAAACGACAUGGCUAUCAUUGGGAAGCAGAUCACCAUAUCCUACUACGGGAGAGCGGCAAACUAUUCGUAUUUUACUGGGUGUUCUGGUGGUGGACGACAAGGUCUGAUGAUGGCGCAAACUUUUCCAGAUGCUUUCGAUGGGAUUUUGGCCAUUUCACCAGCAAGUCAUCUAGAGACAUUUAUUCCUGCUGCCUACUGGCCUGAGCAAGUCAUGAACCAGAAUGAAUAUUACCCAUCACCUUGUGAAGUCGAAGGCUUCACCAAGGCUGCAGUUAAGGCGUGUGAUCGGAUGGACGGAGUGGAAGAGGGUAUCAUUAGCGAUCCUAGCAUAUGCAAUCUCACUGCGUACAGCUUCGUCGGACAAAACUUCAUAUGCAAUGGGACUCGGUAUUCCCUGGCUGCGUCUGGCGCACAGGUUGUUGAAGCUGCUUGGUCUGGUUCCGGAAAGGAAGCUUGGUUCGGACUGAACAAGGGCGCUGCUAUAGGCAGCUACUAUGUCCCAACUGCAUGUUCUGGUAACGGCACAUGCUAUUCCUCCGGUGCUCCUCUAUUCGGCAAGUGGAUUUCGAAUCUCGUCGUUAAGGAUCCGGAUCUUGCGAUCAACAACAUGACCAAUGCGGCAUUUUCCAAAGCCCUACACGCAUCAUUUGUCGGUAACGUGGAGUCUUAUCUGUCAAGCUUCGAUGCCAAUGGUGGUAAGAUGAUCACCUGGCAUGGAAUUGCGGAUGAAGCCAUCCCCCCAAAUGGAACGAUCAAGUACUACGACGAAGUACUUGAUAAUGACCCUGAAGUUCAGGACUUCUAUCGUUUCUUUGAGGCGCCGGGGGUUGCACACUGCUAUGUUGGACUGGGACCUAUUCCGAAUGAAGCAAUCUCUAUAUUGGUGGCCUGGGUGGAGAAGGAUGAUGUGCCUGUCAUUUUGCAUGCUACGAAUGGAAAAUAA